UGCACACACUUUGGCUCUCCCAUUUGCUUCCAAGUUCUGCAUUGUUUCAAGUUCCUUUCACUUGCACCCACUCACUCUCAAGUCAAGAUGCCUGUGAAAAGAGCAAGAACCAACACAAGAGCUGCAGCUUCUUCCUCCACCUCCCGGAGUUUUGAUCGCUCCCACUUCCUAUCAGCAAUUAAGGAGGAGUUUUAUCGAGCUCACCUAGCACACAAGGAGUGUGUGAAGGAGCGGGGAGUUUUGUAUCGGGAGGGAAGGAGAGACCUCUUGGGCAUGCAAGAAGCCAUGGAGAUUAGGAGGUGGAAGAAUUGGGUCAACCCCAUUCCGUUUGCUUGUGAAGUCAUGGUUAGGGAGUUCUACGCGAACACCUACUGUGACAAUCAAGAGGACAGGUCCAGGCCACCGGUGAAUUCAUCUUGGUUCAGGGGAGAUGUGAUUGACUACAAUCCAGCAGUCAUUCGCAGGCAUCUUGGUCUCCUCACGGAGGACCAAGAGAGGGAGCUUUUCCCCGAGAAGGCCACUUAUCAUGAGCUCUUAAAGGAGAAGUCACCGGAGAUCUUGGAAGACAUGAAGGCAGUGAUUGUUAGGCCUGGGCGGGACUGGGAAGCAGUUGAUGAUGAGAUUAUUUUUGUGAGGAGAAAGGACAUGACACCGCUGGCUAGAGUUUGGGCUGAAUUUUUGCAGGAUUCCCUCAUUCCUAGCUCUAACAAAUCUGAAGUUAGAGAGGUUACUUUGGUUGCCAUCUACUGCAUCUUGAGAGGUCAUCCUAUGGAUGUGGCCACCAUCAUUUCUGGUCGGAUUUAUUCCCUUUACAACAGGAGUAAAGACAAGCAUCGACCCAUCUUUCCUCACUUGAUUUGCUCUUUGAUUCAUGCGGUGAGGGACAGAGCUAGGAGGCCAGUCCAUGUUAUUGAGAAGAGGUUGCCUGUGGCACCUCUGCUCAGUAAGGAGAGGAUCGCUCAACUUUAUAAAGAAUGGACGGCAAGGAUGCCUCAAGAGGAGGAAGAGGAAGAGGAUCCUGAGGAGCCAGCGGAAGCGGAAGAAGAAGAGGAAGAAGAGGAAGAAGAAGAGGAGGAAGAAGAAAACGUUGAGGUGGUGAAUGAGGUGGUUACUCCACCACGUGCUGACCCUUCUCUUGCUUGGAUGGAGGCCGCUUUCGGGCGGAUGUUUUUGAGGCAAGAUCGCCUACACAGGGAUCUUGACCUCCAUUGGAGGGGAGGUAGCACAUCAGACCCCAGGUACAAUGGGCCCUUGGAUUUUAAUACCUUGGAGCAGGGGAUGAUAGACUUGAGCUUGAUGCAUGAUGCCGGAGUUCAUCCGGAUUAUGGCGAUGGAAGGGGUGACCAUGACCCCAUGGAGUGAUUUUGCUGAGGUAACUCUACUCUUAGUUUAGGUCAUGCAUUUUUAGCAUAUUUUCAAUUUGUAGAUUUUGUUUUCUUUUUGAUCAUGCAUUGUUUUAGCUGGUUUUGUUUUUGUUUUUGGGUC